AUGUCCUCCGAUACUCCCCAAUUCCACCUCAACACCUACUUCCGCUCCUCCUGCUCCGCGCGUUUGCGCAUCGCCCUGAACCUCAAGUCCCUCUCCUACAGCUGCAGCUACACCAACCUCCUCAAAGACGAGCAAACCUCCGCCUCGCACCUCUCCCUCAACCCUUCGGGCACCGUCCCCGUCCUCACACCGCUGAACACCGACAACGCCUGGCCGAUCACCCAAUCCGUCGCCGGUCUCGAAUACCUCGAGGAAGCGUUCCCAGAUCGCCGACCCCUGCUGCCUCCAGGCGACAAGGCGGUGGCUCGAGCGCAGGUCCGGACGCUCGUCGACAUCAUCGCGUGCGACACGCAGCCUGUGACGAAUCGGCACAUCAUGCUAGCCGUCGGCAAGCUGGGAAAGAACGGGCCAGAGUGGUCGCGAGAGUACAUGACGCGCGGGCUGAAGGCGUACGAGGAGACGGCGAAGAAGACGGCGGGGGAGUUCUCGGUUGGGGAUGAGAUUACGAUGGCGGAUGUGGUGCUGGUGCCGGCUGUGUGGGGCGCGGAGAGGUUCGGCGUCGACCUCGAGAAGCUGCCGACGGUGAAAAGGAUCUAUGAGACGAUGAGUCGGGAGGAGGCUGUCGUGAAGGCGCACUGGAGGCGGCAGGAGGAUACGCCGGAGGAGUUUCGGGAGAGUCUUGAUGGCCAUGUAACAGGAGAUCCUUGA